CGCGGCGGCGGCGGCGGCGGCGGCCGGAGCGGUUUGGGCGCUGCACGGGGCGAAGAUGGCGGCCGAGCGGCAGGACGCGCUGAGGGAGUUCGUGGCGGUGACGGGCGCCGAGGAGGACCGGGCCCGCUUCUUCCUCGAGUCGGCCGGCUGGGACCUGCAGAUCGCCCUAGCAAGCUUUUAUGAGGAUGGAGGGGACGAAGACAUUGUGACCAUUUCACAGGCAGCCCCCAGUUCCGUGUCCAGAGGCACAGCCCCCAGCGAUAAUAGGGUGACAUCCUUCAGAGACCUCAUUCAUGACCAAGAUGAGGAUGAGGAAGAGGAAGAAGGCCAGAGGUUUUAUGCCGGGGGCUCAGAGAGAAGCGGACAGCAGAUUGUUGGCCCUCCCAGGAAGAAAAGUCCCAACGAGCUGGUGGAUGAUCUUUUUAAAGGUGCCAAGGAACAUGGAGCAGUGGCUGUGGAACGAGUGACCAAGAGCCCUGGAGAGACCAGUAAACCAAGACCUUUUGCAGGGGGUGGCUACCGCCUCGGGGCCGCACCGGAGGAAGAGUCUGCCUAUGUGGCGGGAGAGAGGAGGCGGCACUCCGGCCAGGAUGUUCAUGUUGUGCUGAAACUCUGGAAGAGCGGGUUCAGCCUGGAUAAUGGCGAACUCCGAAGCUACCAAGACCUGGCCAAUGCCCAGUUUCUGGAAUCUAUCCGCAGAGGGGAGGUGCCAGCAGAACUUCGGAGGCUAGCACACGGUGGCCAGGUGAACUUGGACAUGGAGGACCAUCGGGAUGAGGAUUUCGUGAAGCCCAAGGGAGCCUUCAAGGCCUUCACUGGCGAGGGUCAGAAACUGGGCAGCACUGCUCCCCAGGUGUUGAAUACCAGCUCUCCAGCCCAACAGGCGGAAAACGAAGCCAAAGCCAGCUCUUCCAUCUCAAUCGACGAGUCACAGCCUACCACAAACAUCCAAAUACGGCUUGCUGAUGGCGGGAGACUGGUGCAGAAAUUCAACCACAGCCACAGGAUCAGCGACAUCCGGCUCUUCAUCGUAGAUGCCCGGCCAGCCAUGGCUGCCACCAGCUUUGUCCUCAUGACUACCUUCCCGAACAAAGAGCUAGCUGAUGAGAACCAGACCCUGAAGGACGCCAACCUGCUCAACGCCGUCAUUGUACAGCGGUUGACAUAACCGCCCGGCCCCAUGGGCAGCCUCGCCUCCUUCCUGUGUUUCCCACGGCCUGCUGCCCCUGGGGACCACACCCCCACCCCUCCCACAUACCCAGCAGUCCAGUGCCACGUCUCCUCCGUAGCUCUGGGUUCUUAGAUCUCAGUUGGACAUUUGUUUUCUUUUUAGUUGCAUUUCCUGGGUUUUUGUGACGAUCAAUGGACUUUAAAGAAAAUAAUAAAAACAACCAAAAAAAUUGAAGGAAUAUCACCAGCAUGUUGUAUGGAACCUCUCCCACUGAAGUAGGUUCUUGCUAUAAAAUCAUUUAUCUCCAAGACCUGUGGGAAGGGGCCUUCCUUCCAUACUCUGCAGAAAAUUGCUUGUGGCACACAACAUCGCCCACUCGUAUGCCCACCCACCACCGCCAUGAUGCCUGGGGGAGGACUCUUCUACCUUCAUAGAGAAGGGAAGAGGGAAACUCCUAGGAAGAGGCUUUGUAGCCGCUGUUUCCCGAAAGAACAGUUCUGUUGCCAGGGCAAGACUCUUGCUGGAGUCCCCGAAAGUGUGAGGUCAGACCAAGAUAAUAGACAUCUUCACAUAAGGAAUGAUUCACUCGUGUACUCAGACUCGGGGCAGUUCAGGUGCCCAAGGCCCUGGCCAGUUGGGAUUCUAACCUUCCUUCCUUUCCUGGCCCUAUCUCCCCUCACAACCAUACUGCUCCCUGGUGAGUGCCCACUGCUUCCGCCUGUACUUCAUGUCCAGAGACCUGAGUGUUUCCAGGAAGUUAAUGGGACAUUACUUUCAUUGGGAAGCAGCAUGUACCAACCCAAACGAGUUAGAGUCGGGAUAUCUUGGCCUGAAAUAUAGACAGAAUCCAAGUGUCACUGUGCCAUUCACCAAUGAUGCAUGACAAAGUCAGAUACUGAAGGCUGAGUUCCCUUUCUUACAAAUGCCUUCCACCACAGUGGCACCUGUAAGAGGCUUCUGCUGAGUCAAUUUGGAGGGGUGAGUGUAACAUCCGUGCAUGGCUUUGGUGUGCAGAUUCCGCCCCCAUUGUUUUCUGCCCAGUUGAGUUCUGAUUUGUGAACAGUUCAGGCAGUAAUGCCAGUCUGGUAAAGACCAUACCCUCAAGUGUACUUUCUGUGCAAGUUUUGGAGAAGAGAAUCGCUAGGGUCUUGGAUGGAAGGAAGCCUGUCCACCUCCCUGGGAAACGUGAACUACAGACUUAGAACCAACACUGACUCAGACUCUCCUGGUCUUGAAUCAUAAUGUGCCUCAGUCCUCUCUCCAAGCAGUUAUUACCAGUCACUUUCUCUUUCCUGCUUCACCCACUGCGAUGAGCCAAGAACCAACACUACUUCUACCCAGAACUGGGACGGGGCCUGGGGCGUCUCCCCAGGCCCAUCCCACGAAAGGGACGUGGCUUGGUGCUUCCAAUCCCAAACCGGCAGGAGCCUGCCGCAUCUGCCACAGCGUUUCCUCCAGGUGAAAGUAUUGACGGAAACUAAAAGUGGGUCUGGAAAAACUUUGUACACUAUUGUCACCUUGACCAUUAAAAACCAGAAUGAGGA